AAACUUUGCAAUUGUAUCUCACUCUCCUGGCCUCUCCAAUUUCCCCAACCAAGUGAAGAAACGCUUUGUUCCCAUCCCAUCCAUCCCAGCAGGGUACAGUGGGUAACGGCGGCGAUGACUGAUGAACGUAGGUAUUCAUGCGAAACCGCCGCCGAUACUCUUGCAUGGAUUAACGACAUCAUCCACUUCCUCACUCCUUACUACUCCUCUUUGAUCAACGCUCACGUCGUUAACUUCUUCAAGGAUAGACAAUGGGAAAAUGUUAACGCCGAAUGGAUUGAUUGCCUGCGCCGUGAACCUGUUCAAAAUCUUCUCUUAAUACCUUCUGGACUAGUGCAGGAUCACUGGCCAGCUUCUCUGCAGGAGUUCAUUUUGAAAUUGAGGUCUAUGGUAUUUUCUCAAAAACAAGCAGAUAUAAACACGGCAUUACCUGGUCUGCAGACGACUUCACUUAACAGUGUUCUUGCCCAGGGCAUGAAUGUGAAGAAAAGACAUGAAGUAGAAGCUCUUUCUGCUGUUGUAAGUGCAGUUGCAGAGAGUGUGAGAGCAAAUGCCAUUGUUGAUGUUGGUGCUGGUCAGGGUUAUCUUGCACAAGUACUUGCCUUUCAAUAUCAGCAUCCUGUCAUUGCCAUUGAUGCAUGUUCUCACCAUGGGAUGGUCACCGAUGCACGGGCAGAGCGGAUUAAGAAGCACUACACAUCAAAGAUGGUAAAAUCUGGAUCAGGUAUGCAGAAUUUGAAUGUGCCAAAGACAAUCACAUGUCGUGUGUUGUCCAUUGAAUCUUUGAAAACAUUGGUUGAAACAUCUGUGCCUGGAGAUGAUCUUGAGCAAUCCAUGUUAAAGGGAGAAAAUCAAGAAGAUAAAGGGAAACAACAUUGUCCCAGUGACACAAACAACAGGUCUCCAACUGUUCUUGCUGGGCUUCAUGCUUGCGGUGAUCUUUCAGUGAUUAUGCUGAAGGCUUUCUUAGACUGCAGAGAUGUUAAGGCUGUUGUUAGUAUUGGUUGCUGUUACAAUUUACUAUCUGAAGAAAGCCUUAAGGAUGAUGAAUCUCAAUGUGGUUUUCCCAUGAGUCGUGCUGUGAGAUCCACUGGCUUAUCACUUGGAAAAAGUGCACGUGAUCUUGCUUGCCAGAGUGCAGAGAGAUGGAGGAGCCUUGAUAUGCAUGCUGGCAUUCACAACUUUGAGUUACAUGCUUUUCGUGCUGUUUUUCAAAUGGUUCUUUCUAAAUAUUAUCCAGAAGUUGUGAGGAGUACUCCUUCAAUUGGGCGCAAAGGGAAGGCUCUGCGUAGGCGAAACCAAAGGAGAUCUGCAGAGUCAGAACUGCAUCUUAAAGGAAGUACUUGUCACAUGAGACAAAAUUUCCCUGCUGUAGUGCCCGCAGAAUCAAAAACUGAAGGGACUUUUGGCUCUGCAUCAGACAGUCAAACCUUACCUGGUGAAAUUUCUUCCAAUGAAAGCUCUGGAUGUGAAGGGAUUAAAAUUAAUAACAAGUUUUCAAAUUUUGAAAAAUUCUGCCAGUCUGGAUUGUCUCAUCUUGGAAUUGAACAUUCAGAUGAUGUAAACCUGCAAUGCAUAUGGAAGGAAGCAGAACCAUUUGCUGACCUUAUAGGACCAUAUUGGUCUCUCAGAGCUGCUUUAGGGCCUCUUUUGGAAACUCUUAUUCUGCUUGAUAGGUUAUUGUUUCUUCAAGAGCAAGGUGGUGCUUUGGAAGCUUACCUCUUACCAAUAUUUGACCCAAAUAUAUCACCCAGAAAUGUGGCUGUAAUUGCAAAGAAGAUUGACAAAGAUUAAAGAUCGUCCUGAUGCUGAAAGGUGAAGAAGGUAAAUUCAUGUGAGACAAGGUCUUAGUGCUGCUUCCAUAAUUCAAUACUCCACUUUCUUGUGAGGUCAAUUGAUUCCCAAGAUCAUCUCGGGUGAAGGUCAGAUUCAUAGGGGACAGGGCUGCAACAGAAAAGACGUUGACAUCGUUCUAUCCCACUGAUUCCCUCUCUUGUUGGAAAAGGGUGUUACUCAACUCAGGCUCCAGUUGUUCUCACAUCAUAAGAAGUUACUUUGUAAUCAUUAUUCAUAUGUACUUCCCAGAAUCACUAGCUACACAAUUAUCUAAAAUGAUGCAAGCUUAGAGUGUUAAGCUCGUUUUAUUUGAUUUAAUUAAUUAUUAAGCUACAAUAGUCUUUGUAUUUUGUCAUUUUUUCCGAUGGCUUUCCUAUACAGGCAUAUGGUUUUGGACUGAAUUAUUCGAAGAAGUAUUGAGUUUUCUCAAUAUAUAUUGUUGAAUGCUAGAAGUAA